CGUCCGACCCUUGUAGCCACCUAGCUGCUAACCACUUGGAAAGAUCCUUGUCACAUGUUGAGUCACUUUUUGAAAAUGUGAAGGAGAAUUAGAUAAGUGGAAAUUGUGUGUGUGUGUGUGUUUUUUUUCUUAUUUACUCUCUUUGUAGCGCCAGUAAAGCGACUGUGACUCAGUGGCGAGUCUUACAUGUGCAGACAGUCGUGGGUUGCUAGCAACAGCCGGACAAAGAGGCAGGCUAACGUUACUGCCAAAUCAUCUGCUUAGGUCAUUGUACAGUUAUUUGGUCGUUUUGUGUAUGUGUAUUGACUGGUUAACGGGUUGUAUGUGUGUAUAGAAAAGUUGGUAUACGACGUCAAAUUAGUAAAAUAGUAACUAGUUUUAUCUAUUCUCGCUCGUAUUUGUGCUUCCUCGAUUCUUCUCUUUGUAAUGUUUUACAUAAACGGUGUCUCCUGUGUCAUUCCAUAGUAUUUAAUCUGGUAUUAAUAGCACAACUGCUGGAUUAAGCUUGUGCUGUUGUGUAAACGUCUGAGACAGGUGAAAGUAACGUUUUCGAGGUAUGGUUUGGAGAUGGUAUCAAUGACCAGGAGACAGACCUGGACGUGGCAGAGUUGAAGAUGCUGAGAUUCUUUUUGGGGGUGACAAGGAUGGACAGGAUCAAGAAUUAGCUCAUGAGAGGGAUAAAGCUAGAGAUCCCAUGUACAGAGGAGGGACUGGAUAAAUCGGUAGAAGAAUGCUGGAAAUGGAGCCGCCGAAGAGAAACACCAAAUGGGAGAUGUACGGACGAGGUGACUGAAGAUGAAAAGGUUUCCACAGUGAAAGAGCUCGUGUCGGAACGUCUCAACAUCCCAGCCAAUCAGCAGCGGUUGCUUUAUAAAGGCAAAGCGCUCGCAGAUGAACACCGACUAAGUGACUACUCCAUUGGGCCAGAAGCUAAAUUAAAUCUGGUCAUCCGUCCAGUGGGAGAAAGGACCGGAGCUUCAGCGGUGGCCACCAGCAGCGGUAACGGCAGCACCACACAAGGGGGAGUGUGGCAGGCUGUGUCCAUUAUCCUCGCAAAACACUUCAGUCCUGCAGAUGCUGCAAAAGUCCACGAACAGCUGAUUAAGGAUUAUGAACGUUCACUACGACAACUCAGCCUGGACGACAUCGAGCGCUUGGCCGGCAGACUGCUUCACCCGGAGGUGGACAGCAUGGACACAUCGUCGUACAUGGACUGAUGGCCGGCCCUGCCCGAAGCUGCGUCCUGCGAAUGCUCGGACGUACUUAAAAUGUGAUGCGGAGAGCGCUGUGUGUGCCUAGUCAGCGAGUGAGCAUGGAUAGCUAGUUAUCUCUGUGGCAAAGCACCGACUUAUCCGCAGAAAGUUGGUCAGUGUCAUUAACGCUGGAGUAAUGUCAUGAGACCUAGUCACACAAUAUUUGAAUACAAUGGAAUCAUUCAUGCUGUGGGUCUCAUGUUUUACAGCUCCCAGGGACCAUAACUUGUCUUUAAGGAUAUUUAUUUGUAAUGUUUGGGUGAUGUGUGUUGUUAAGAGACAAGGCAGUACAUUUUCUCUUUGUUGAUAACUAAUGCUCAUUGUAUGAAUUGUAAAUAUUCUGUUUAUAUUCAGAUAUUAAAAGUGAGACAACUUA